AUGCAUAUUUCAAAUUAUCCAUAUCCUGUAUGCAUUUUAAUAGUUAUACAGAAAUUCUUAAUUAUCAGACGUAUUGUAUACAGAGUAUAUCUUAUGCUUCACGUAUAUUAUAUUGUAUUUUAUACUCGGACGUAUUCUGAAUAUAUUUUAUAUUCCUGGCGUAUGCUCUUAUUAGCUAAAAAAUUUAUUAAAUUCAAUUUUCUUGCAGUAAUGAAUAAUGAGCACUCUUUAGCUGAAAAAACAGUAGUUGACCUCCUGGAUAAGUUUGAGUCCAAGAAGUACCAAGAAUUAAUUGAAUCUGCAUGGAAUGUUCUUUAUACUGUGAUUAUACCUUUCAAUAUAGAAGGUAUCCACCUUCUUCUGUCUAACUACAUAAUAAUUCUAUCACAAGCACUCUCCAUUGAAAGCAUAGAAGAUGAAGCAACCCGUAUACUCUCUGUUAUUGACUUAAUAAUCCACCCAAGAAAAGGAACCAUCAUAGAAGGAAAGAAUGAAUUUGACGAUAUAAUAAAUGAACCAGUAGAAGCCCCAUCACCAGAUAAAAAUAAUGAUUCUUUAGACAGUGAUAAGACUAAAAAAGUAAAGAUUUCUAUUAUAGAAUAA